UUGAGGUAGAGCCCAUCUCUCGUGUAUAUCUCAUCUCUCUCCUCCUCUCUCUAUUCAUUUUCCUUCAUUUCUAUUCUAUUUCACCACUCCCAUCCUCGUUAUUUUUCUGUGUUUCACCGCAUCUCUCACGCAGAUAUACACAGACACACACGCACAUAUAUAUAUACAUACAAUCGGAUUCGCCGCAAUUGUCAUCGGAUCAUCACAGCGUCAAACAUCUCAUCAGGGUUUUGGAGGGUUUCAAGACUGUAAAUCAUCUGUCGAAAUCGCAAGAUAUUGAUGGGUCGAAAGAAACCUACACCCCGUGAGGACGAUAGCUCCGCCGCCGCUACUGUAGCGCAGGGCGGUGGGGCUAAGUCGAGAAAGAAGGCGGCAGUCAUAGACGAUGAUGAGUACUCGUUAGGGACAGAUUUUUCUGAGGAACAACCGAUUCAGGAAGAGAAGGUUUGCCCGGUUGCUGGUAAGAAGAAGGGUAAGAAGGGGAGUUCCAAGAAUUCACAGACCAAGGAUGAUGAUUUUGAGGAAAAAGGUGUUGAAGAAGAGGGUGAUGAUGCUCCGGCAGUGCAAUUUGCCGGAAAAAAGAAGUCAAAGUCGAAAAAGAGCGUUAACAGUAGUGUGUUUAGCGCGUCGAGUUUUGGAUUACUUGGGGAGGAGGAGGAUGAGGAUGGGGAUGAUGAAGAUGUUGCCAGCGAGGAAGAGGGUGAUUCCAUGGGUGAUAAGUCAUCAAAGAACAAAAAAGGUAGCGGUUUAUUUUCUGUGUCGGCAUUUGGUGCAAUUGGUGAUGAAGAUGAAGGGGACGGGAUUGAUGAUUCGAUAUCAGAACAGCAAGAUGAUAACGAUGAUGAGCCAGUUAUUGCUUUCUCUGGGAAAAAGAAGUCAUCAAAAUCAAAAAAGAAAAGUGGUGGCAGCGCUAUCACAGCAUCUAGUUUUGAUGGGCUUGAAGACAAGGAUGAGGCUAAAGAGGACGAAGAGGAUGUGUCUUUGAUUACUUUCACUGGUAAGAAGAAGUCUUCCAAAAAGAAAACUAAUACUGUUUUAGGUGCAUCUGAAGCAGGGAUUGGAGAUAAAUCUACGGAUAUAGUUGAACCUGAACAACCUAGUAUCAGUGUUAGUAGUAAAGAAGCUGAUGAUUCCAAAAGCACUGCAGAAACUUCAAAGAACAAAAAGAAGAAAAAGAAGAGUGGAAGGACUGCUCAAGAAGAGGAUGACCUGGAAAAGAUUCUAGCUGAGCUCGGUGAAGCUCCCUCUACAUCAAAACCUGCUCCUGCUCCUCCACAGGAGGAGAAAGUUCAGACUCAGCCCGAACCAAUUGGGUUGGAAAAUGAUACAGCUGAAAAGGAAGCUGAAGAAGAAGGAGCUGUGGAGUCUGCGGCAGCAAAGAAGAAGAAAAAGAAAAAGGAAAAGGAAAAAGAGAAGAAGGCGGCAGCAGCAGCUGCAGUGGAAGUAAAGCAAGAAAAACAGGAAGAAACAAAGGGCAAAGUAGCGGAUAAGAAAGUUCCGAAGCAUGUUAGGGAGAUGCAAGAGAGACUUGCAAAGCUCAAGGAAUUGGAAGAAAGGAAGAAGAGGGAAGAAGAGGAGAAGUUAAAGAAGGAAGAGGAGGAGCGGCGGCGGCAAGAAGAACUUGAGAGGCUAGCAGAAGAGAAGAAGCGGCUGAAAAAGGAAAAGGAAAAGGAGAAACUUCUAAAGAAGAAACAGGAAGGGAAGCUUCUAACAGGAAAGCAAAAGGAAGAAGCACGUCGGUUGGAGGCAAUGAGGAACCAAAUACUUGCUAAUGCAGGUCUGCCUCUUCCUUCUGGAGACAAUGGCGGGGCACCAACAAAACGGCCCAAAUAUCAAACAAAGAAGUCAAAGCCACAUCUUCCUCAAGCAAAUGGUGUGGCCCCUGUGAAGGCUGUUGAAAGCGAAGAAGUCAAGGAUCAGGAAAUUGUUUCUAAGGUGGAGUCCUUAGAACCAGAGAAGGUUGAAGCAGAGGAGUUGGUGAGUGCUGAAGAGAAAACUGAAGUUGCUAAUGUGGUUGAAGAGAACAUAAUUGAAGAGGAGGAAGAUGAUGAUGAAUGGGAUGCGAAGAGUUGGGAUGACACGGAUCUUAAAUUGCCUGGUAAAAGUGCAUUUGCUGAUGAGGAAGAUGAAUCUGAGCCUGAGCUUGUGGUAAAAAAAGAGAUCAAAAGUGCUCGGGCAGCUAUUCGGGAUGCAGGGCCCCCUCAUUCUGCUUCCAACCCGGCAGUUGCUACCCAGAAUGUUAUCUCUGCUGCACCAAUCAAAUCUCAGGAUGUUGAAAGUAAAAGAAAUCAACCUGAGAAUGCGGUUACAGACAACAAGCGCAAAGAAGUUACAGGGAAAAGGGAGGCACAGAAUUCUGAUGCUCUCUCUAACCAGAGUGAAAGUAAUCUUCGUUCCCCAAUUUGUUGUAUUAUGGGUCACGUUGAUACGGGUAAAACCAAGCUGCUUGAUUGUAUCCGAGGCACUAAUGUCCAGGAAGGUGAAGCUGGAGGGAUUACUCAGCAAAUCGGAGCGACAUAUUUUCCUGCGGAGAAUAUACGCGAGAGAACUAAGGAAUUGAAAGAUGAUGCAAAGCUGAAUGUUCCAGGCCUAUUGGUUAUUGAUACACCUGGACAUGAAUCGUUCACUAAUUUGCGGUCUCGGGGUUCAGGUUUAUGUGAUAUUGCGAUUUUGGUGGUUGACAUAAUGCAUGGCUUAGAACCACAGACAAUCGAGUCACUCAAUCUUCUGAAAAUGAGGAACACAGAAUUCAUUGUUGCGUUGAAUAAGGUGGAUAGACUUUAUGGGUGGAAAGCUUCCCGCAAUGCACCAAUCCGGAACACAAUGAAGGAACAAUCAAAAGAUGUUAAAAAUGAAUUUAAUAUGAGGGUCACUCAGGUUAUCACACAGUUCAAGGAGCAAGGAUUGAACACUGAAUUGUACUAUAAAAACAAAGAAAUGGGGGAAACUUUCAGUAUUGUUCCUACAAGUGCAAUCAGUGGUGAAGGCAUCCCUGAUUUGUUGUUAUUAUUGGUUCAAUGGACACAAAAGACGAUGAUUGAAAAACUUACAUACAGCAAUGAAGUGCAGUGUACAGUUUUGGAGGUUAAGGUUGUUGAAGGUCAUGGGACUACCAUUGAUGUGGUGCUAGUUAAUGGCGUGCUCCAUGAAGGAGAUCAAAUAGUUGUUUGUGGCAUGCAGGGACCUAUUGUUACUUCAAUUCGAGCAUUACUCACCCCCCAUCCAAUGAAGGAACUUCGAGUUAAGGGAACAUAUUUGCAUCACAAAGAAAUCAAGGCUGCCCAGGGUAUCAAGAUUACCGCACAGGGCCUUGAGCAUGCAAUUGCAGGCACUGGUCUACAUGUGGUGGGGCCUAAUGACGAUGUGGAAGAUAUGAAAGAAUCAGCAAUGGAAGAUAUGAAGUCUGUUUUGAACAGGAUUGAUAAAACUGGCGAGGGAGUUUGUGUUCAAGCAUCUACUCUUGGAUCCUUAGAAGCAUUGCUGGAAUUUUUGAAGACCCCGGCUGUAAACAUACCUGUUAGCGGUAUAAGCAUAGGCCCUGUACAUAAGAAGGAUGUCAUGAAGGCAAGCGUCAUGCUUGAGAAGAAGAAAGAGUAUGCCACAAUCUUGGCCUUUGAUGUUAAAGUGACACAAGAGGCUCGGGAACUUGCAGAUGAAGUUGGUGUCAAAAUAUUCAUGGCCGAUAUCAUUUAUCACUUGUUCGAUCAAUUCAAGGCUUACAUUGACAAUCUCAAGGAGGAAAAGAAGAAGGAAGCUGCCGAGGAAGCAGUCUUUCCAUGUGUUCUCAAGAUUAUGCCUAACUGUGUCUUUAACAAGAAGGAUCCCAUUGUCCUUGGGGUUGAUGUUCUUGAAGGAAUUGCUAAGGUUGGAACCCCGAUCUGCAUUCCUCAAAGAGACUUUAUUGAUAUUGGUCGGAUUGGAUCCAUCGAGAAUAACCACAAACCAGUUGAUUAUGCCAAGAAAGGCCAGAAGGUGGCCAUUAAGAUUGUUGGUAGCAAUGCUGAGGAACAGCAAAAAAUGUUUGGCAGGCAUUUUGAAAUUGAAGAUGAGCUUGUCAGCCACAUCUCUAGGAGGUCAAUUGACAUACUUAAAUCUAAUUAUCGGGAUGACCUGUCGAUUGACGAGUGGAGGCUAGUUGUGAAACUGAAAACUCUCUUCAAGAUACAAUGAGUUUUGAAGUCGGAGUCAGUUCAUCGUUUCAGGUAUUUUCAGGGCCUUUCUUGACUGCCAGCUGCUUAAUGUAAAGAAGCAUAGAGUUUUUUUUUUGAGAGGGAUGGAGCAUAAAUUUGAAACGGCGGUUGAAAUGUCGGGAUAUUAUGGAGUGAUAAAGUGCAUGCCCAAUUUUGUUUUGCAAGGGAAAGCCAUUUGUUCAAAAUCGUGGUUUGGAUUUAAAGCAUCUUCUUCCUGUUCUUUGUACUGUCAUCUUUUGUUAAUUCACGUGUAGCGUAUACGAGGUGUUUGUACGAAAGCAAUGAAAGAGUGGAAAUAUGAGAAUAAUUCACCCAGAGCUGUCCGAAAACGGUUUUAACAAUUCUGGCAAUUCAAUUGUUCCUUGACAAUUCUUUUCAUACAUCAAAUGAACAUUACAUUAUUGGGUAGUUUCGUUU